AAAUAAGAACAUUGCCCCUCCUACAAUGUCCAGCAACAAAAAGAAGUACAUUCUCAACACAGCCAGCGUCAACUUAGGAUGCAGCAGCAGUUGUACAAGGCCAAGAAUCUCCGCCCUCUUCAACCCAAGACUGAGCCACCGCAAACCCCACUCCUCCUCCUCCUCCAGCUCCUGCGACGCCAGCACCACCACUACUUUCUCCUCCGUCGUCGACACGCCGCCUGCCCGCUAUUCCUCCGACGCAGACUCGGAAAUCAAAAGCCUAAGAGCAGUUCAAGGGUUCGGGAGAAUCGGGAGUGAGACCGUGGCGGUGGAGAAAGACUCCGACGACCCUUACAUGGAUUUCCGCCGCUCCAUGCUGCAGAUGAUUGUGGAGAAAGAGAUAUACUCGAAAAAUGAUCUGAAAGAGCUGCUGAACUGUUUCUUGCAGCUGAACUCGCCAUACUACCAUGGAGUUAUUGUUAGAGCUUUUACAGAGAUAUGGAACGGGGUUUACUCAAUCAGGCCUCCUUCGGCCUCUUCGGACAUGCAUGGGAUGUAGAUGUCCGGGGACUUAGAAAUGUAGAACCUGGAAAGUUUACAGGUCUGAUGAUCAUGUGGUAAGGUAUAAUAAUGUGAAGGGAAAGAUCUAGAAGAAGCAAUCGAUCAUUAAUUUGAUUUUAACACCCUUAAUUUCUUGUUGGCCUUUCUUAUCUAAUGAAAGAAAUUACAGAAAUGUAAUAUAUUG